AUCCGCUGGCAGCGUUGAGGGAGAAGGGGGCGUGUCUCAUGACGGUGACGCAGCGGGGAGUGUAGGUUCUAGGCCAAUCAGAUUGAAGAUCUGAAGUCCAUGGGCGUGCUUUCUGUCUGAAUUAGCUUGCUUCAGCCACAGCAUGCCUCAGUGUGAAACUAUCUGUGCCUGACAGCGGUAGUCUCCCGUGUCACCUUUUGACUUUUUUUUUCUUUUUUUUUUACUGUAUUCCACCAACUUUGGCGACAUUCUGAAAUGCGGGAAGCGUUGUUUUGAACCCCGACUUCCUCGUGUGGAAUUAGUUUUCCGCUUUGUGCCUUUUGCUUCAGGACGAGUGAACUUCUAGGACAGCAAGGUGGACUGACUUCUUGAAUUGCCUUGAACAGUUUAGUGGGCAACUUCCAUUCGGAGGGGUGUUGUGUCCAUUUCACAGGGGGGGAGAGUGUCGCACGCUUCCCUCCAUCCUCGUCGUCGGGUCUCUAUGGAGAGUUUGCCCCGGCGGAGGCGCGCACUGUGCUCCCUCUCAUCGCCGAGGCCGCCCCGCCGCCAGCACUCGUGAAUUCUUCGACCUGGAUACGACGAGGCGACACACUUAACCUCAUUUGAAUGCCUUUGCAAGGUGUCUGCUGGUUGCUGUGCUGCCGCCAGGGCUUCAGUUUGCUGGGUAGGGACUAUGGGGAGAAAGAGGAGGAAGAGUCUUUUGAGUUGCGCAACAAGGACGACCUGACUCCCAAUGGACAGAGUCCAUCCGAGGUGAUUCACGUUUCUCAGCCGACACGUACAGCAAAUGGGACAAAUGGAGUGGCCGUGUCAGAUGCGGCUGACGAGAUGAAGAGCCUUAUCCAGCAGAAGAACAAGAUGGCCCUGGAGGAAGAACCUGAAAUUCUGGUCAAAGGUUGGCUGCUGCGCGAAGUGCGAAGCAACUGGAUAAAGCAGAGGCGCUUCUGGUUCGUGCUAAACCAGGACUCGCUGGACUACUACAGUGGUCCGGAAAAGGGAGCCCGCAGACUGGGAACGUUGGUGCUCACCAGCCUCUGCUCAGUCAUCUGGCCAGACAAGCAGACCUUCAAGGAGACGGGUUACUGGAGCAUUACCGUGUACGGGCGCAAGCACUGCUACAGGCUGUACACCAAGCACUUCAACGAGGCCGUGCACUGGGCCUGCGCAAUCCAGAAAAUAAUCGACACCAAAGCGCCCGUGGAGACUCCCACCCAACUCCUGAUCCAGGAUAUAGAGGAGAACAAGUUCAACCCUGAGGUGGUGGAGCACAUCUACCAGCACAAUCCCAUCCUGAAGUACACCCAUGGGCCCCUCUAUGCCCCGCUGCUGCCCUUCCCCUACGGCAGCCUGGAGCACACAUACCACCACGGCAAGGGCUACGGCUCGUUGUGCGAGGAGGCCGUCAAGCUCUUCAACAGCCUGCAGCAGCUGGAGUCGGCGCACGAUGCCGUGCCCAUCAUCCAGGGCGUGCUGCAGACCUGCCUGGACCUGCGACCGCUGCGCGACGAGGUCUACUGCCAGCUGGUGAAGCAGACCAGCCACACGCCGGCCCCUUACACCGCCGCCCACUUGCGCUACUGGCAGCUGCUCACCUGCAUGAGCUGCACCUUCCUGCCCGGAGCCGCCGUCCUCAAGUACCUGCGAUUCCACCUCAAGAGGAUCCAGAACCAGAAUCCCGAAUCGGAGAUGGACAACUACGCGUCCUUCAUCAGCGAGGCUCUGGAGAAAACCAAGUGUCGCGAAUGCGUGCCCUCCUGGGAGGAGAUCCAAAUGCUGAUGAGCAGGCAGGAGAUGCUGUGCACGGUGCACUACCCCGGACCCGGCUGCUGCCAGCUCUACAUCAGCUCUCAUACCACCGCCAAUGAGGUGGUGCUGAGGAUGCAGCAGCGGCUCGGCCUGAAAGACAGCAAGAACACGUUUUCUCUGUACGAGCAGAACGCCCUGUGGGAGCAGCCCGUGUCGGGCGGCGCGCUCAUCGCAGACAUCCUCACCAGCAUCUCCGGCAUAGAAUGCGAGUCCAAAGGCCAGCGCAAACUGUGCUUCAAGCUCUACUGCCUGCUGGACGCCGACAGCAUUUCAGUGGACAGCAUUGAGUAUCUCUUCCUCUUUGAGCAGUGCCACGAGAUGGUGAUCCGCGGCCAGCUGCCUGCCUGCGAGGAGGACCUCCAGACGUUGGCGGCUCUCCGGCUUCAGGCAAUCAUGGGGGACUUCAGCACGCACGUGCCCUGCCCACCCCUGGACCAACUUUUCCCCAGCCACAUGCUGGAAGCCCGCGUCCUCGUGGCCCAGGCGCCGCCGCCCUGCCAGGUGGCGGCGCCGACGGGCUGCCCCGCCGCCCAGCGCUUCCCAACGGGCCUGCUGACGGGGGCGCUGUGGAGCCACGCGGCGGCGGCGGCGCACAAGCAGAAGGUCGAGAAGGACCUGCGCCUCCGCAGCCGCGCGAAGGAGGAGGCGGCGGCCGUCAUGGGGGCCAUUUUGGAGCGCUGGAGAGACUUGGCGGGCUCCAACUGCAGAGACAGUAUGGCCGCCUACCUGGCCAUAGCACGUCAAUGGUCCGGCUUUGGAUGCACGCUCUACGAAGUCGACUUCUACAUUAGUUCAACGGAGAAUUUUUCCCAGAAAUUGUGGUUGGGGGUGGCGGCCGGCAGCGUGUCUCUUUAUCGCCAAGGAGAGGCCGAGGCCCUCGAGUCGUUUCCCUACGGACAGAUCUGCUCGUACGGCGUCUCCGACAGCAACACGUUCAAGAUCAACGCCGGAGGCCGAGACAUGCUCUUCGAAACCAACAAGCUGAGCGAGAUCACGCAGCUGAUGAACGCGUACUUCAACGCCACCCGUCUGCAGCGAGGCAAAGGCGACGGCGUCAAAAUCCACGACGGCACAGCGGUGGGCUUCCGCCACCCGUCCGCGCCCGCCCUCCUGCCCUCGCACCCCGUCUGAGAUGGACGCAGCCCAACGUGCCGGCGCCGGGGGGGCGGGGGGGUCGACGAAGGCGAGGCCGUUCUCUGACGCAAAGCCCUCAAGAGCUGGACCACGAACAACUUCCACAUCUGCUUUCUGUCUUGGGCCAGUUUGGGUUAAUUUUCCUCGAAGGUGGCCGUCAUCCCUCUCGUGCGCUUCCCGCGCCCUUCGUCGAGGAGUUUUCAUAAGGUCCCGGAUCAGGCCUGCGUUACCGCAGAAGUGUUGAUGCAGCCAACCAUGUGAACUUGGAACUGGAAACAGAUGUUGCGCCUUUGCGCGCUCAAGUCACCGUGGCUGCUGUACUCUUGUACAGGACCCUGACGGAAGGAUCACUGUUGCUGUCCCGUUGUCGUCGUCGUCUUCUUCUAUGGUUUCCUGCCCACUCGUCCCUCAUUGACUGAUGACGUGACAGCACAGCGCAGCUUUGCUAACAUUGUAAAACAGAGGUACCUUGACUUAAGAGCCCACCAAUUUGACUUUU